GUUUUAUAGUUUUAUCCAAAAUAGAGAAUAGAAAAAUAGUAGAUAUACAUAGAAGUUGACCCUGUUUCAACAUUUACUUACACUAAAAUUUUAAAUAUUUAAUUAAGCAUUCGGAUAAUGUGCGCAUAAGUUAAUUCGUCUGAUAAGGUAAUAGACGUUGUAACCACUUAGCGAGGAAUAAUGUCCCAACAAUUCUUUUUGUCGUGGCACAAUAUAAAUGUUAAAGUAUCCGAAAAAAAGCACAAUUUUUGCAAAACAACACUAACCGAAAAAAUUAUUUUGGAAGAUGUGUCAGGAAGUGUCGAGAGUGGUGCCCUAAACGUUAUCCUGGGCAACAGUGGAUGCGGCAAAACUACCCUUUUAACUUCAAUUUCUGGUCGCCGUAAACGAAAAAGUGGUUCUUUAAAAAUCAAUAACACGACCAUUUCGGACGAAACUGCAAGAAACGUAUCGGGAUAUUUGUACCAGGAAGAUAUUUUUACCAACUGCUUAACGGUUUUCGAGCACUUGCAGUUCAUAACUGGGCUCCAAUGCAGCGACAAAAACGAAAAAACCCGUAAUUUUAUUAUCAAACGGCAGCUCUCGGAGCUUAGUCUGGAACGGCAUGCUGACACUUUGAUAGAAAAAUUGUCAAGUGGUGAGAAACGAAGACUAUCACUGGCGGGAGAAUUAAUUAGUAAUCCUUCUAUACUGUUUUGCGAUGAACCCACAACAGGACUCGACAGUUACAACGCGUUCGUGGUCCUUGAAAAAUUAAAAACAAUUGCAACUUUAGGAAAAAUUGUUUUAGCAACCAUUCAUCAGCCAUCUUCACAGUUGUUCCACUAUUUCGAUAACAUUACGCUCAUGGCUGAGGGGAAAAUAGUGUUUCAAGGAAGCAAACACGAAUCUAAAUUAUUUUUUGAUAAUUUGAAUUUGCACUGCCCAAAGGCAUUCAAUCCCGCCGAAUUUUAUAUUAAUUGUCUCACUAAAGAAGAUGUUUCUAAAAUGGAACUUGUUUAUAAAACGCAAAAAAAUCGCGAACCGCAAAAUCAUGUACAUUUCGAUAAUUUAUUCCUAAAAAAACAAACCAAAAAUUGUAUUUUUUACGACCUGAAGUGGCUGUUGUGGAGAUGUUACUUAAAUACGAAGAGAAACAAAAUCAUUAAUUUGGGAACUUACUUUUAUUCAAUGAUGCAAAUCCUUAUUAUUUCGAUAUUUUAUUCGGAAGUCACAUUUAGUGGCCAAGAUGCCAUUCAAAGCAUCCAGGGUUUGUUAUCCUACUGUGGGACAGAAUUCACUUUUACUAACAUGUACGCAGUUAUCUACAUUUUUCCCGAAGAGGUUGCCAUAUUUUUACGUGAAAAAAACUUGUAUUCAACUUUUGCGUACUUUAUCGCAAAACUACUGUCUUUGAUACCACUUUCAAUAGUGACCAAUAUGAUUUGCUUAGGAAUCUUGUUUAUGUUUUCAAACGUGUUACAUGGAUUUUGUUUGUGGCUCAAAAUGACAUAUGUGGCGUUCUUAGUCUCUAUAGUUUCAUCUAGUUUAGGUCUAGCAUUUUCAGCAACGUUUUCAACCAUUGAACAUGUGGACCUAUUUUUGGGUCCACUGGAAUUUAUACUUCUUCUUUUUUCCGGCUUGUUAGUUAAAGUUGAUUCGGUGAAAGGGGCAUUUAACUGGAUCAAAUAUAUUUCACCGUUUUAUUACGCUUUUGAUAGUUUGUCAAAUCUGUUUUGGAAAGACGUCGGCAAAAUAGGUGAAUGCACAUUUAAUCAGACCAUUCCCUGUUAUCACAACGUUAGCGAAGUUUUGCAAAGUUACGGCAUUUACAAAACUUACGACACUGUGGCUUAUAACAUUUUGUUCCUACAUAUUUUAGGAGCGGUGUUUUGUUUGCUUGGAUUUGCCGGAAUCGUAAGAAAAAAGAUGAGUCUUUCGCUGUAAUGAUCUGAAUAAAAUAUAAUUUAAUGAGA